AUGGUGACAUUGAAGCUAGUGACGUUGACAUUAAAGCUACUGAUGGUGACAUUGACGCAAGUGACGGUGACAUGGAAGGCAAUGAUUGACAUUAAAGCUAGUGACGGUGACAUUGAACCUUGUGACGGUGACAUAGAAGCUAGCGAUGGUGACAUUCAUGCUAGUUACUGUCACAUUGAAGCAAGUGACGGUGACAUUAUUGUUAGUGAUGGUGACAUUAAAGCUAAUGAUGGUGACAUUGAAGCUAGUGGUGGUGACAUUGACGCUAGUGACUGUGACAUUGAUGCUAGUUCUGGUGACAUUGAUGCAAGUGACGGUGACAUUAUUGUUAGUGAUGGUGACAUUAAAGCUAAUGAUGGUGACAUUGAAGCUAGUGGUGGUGACAUUGACGCUAGUGACUGUGACAUUGAUGCUAGUUCUGGUGACAUUGAUGCUAGUUCUGGUGACAUUGAUGCUAGUGACGGUGACGUAGAAGCUAGUGACUGUGACGUAGAAGCUAGUGAUGGUGACAUUGAAGCUAGUGACUGUGACGUAGAAGCUAGUGACUUUGACGUAGAAGCUAGUGAUGCUAGUGACUGUGACGUAGAAGCUAGUGACUGUGACGUAGAAGCUAGUGCUGGUGACAUUGAUGGUAGUGCUGGUGACAUUGAAGCUAGUGGUGGUGACAUUGACGCUAGUGACUGUGACAUUGAUGGUAGUGCUGCUAGUGACGGUGACGUAGAAGCUAGUGACUGUGACGUAGAAGCUAGUGAUGGUGACAUUGAAGCUAGUGACUGUGACGUAGAAGCUAGUGACUUUGACGUAGAAGCUAGUGAUGCUAGUGACUGUGACGUAGAACCUAGUGAUGGUGACAUUGAAGCUAGUGACUGUGACGUAGAAGCUAGUGAUGGUGACGUUGAAGCUAGUUACGGUGACAUUGAAGCUAGUGACUGUAACGUAGAAGCUAGUGACUGUGACGUAGAAGCUAGUGAUGGUGACAUUGAAGCUAGUGACUGUGACGUAGAAGCUAGUGACGGUGACAUUGAAGCUAGUUAUGACAUUGAUGGUGGUGCUUGUGACAUUGAUGCUAGUGAUGGUGACAUUGAAGAUAGUGACUGUGACGUAGAAGCUAGUGACGGUGACGUUGAAGCUAGUUACGGUGACAUUGAAGCUAGUGACUGUAACGUAGACGCUAGUGACUGUGACGUAGAAGCUAGUGAUGGUGACAUUGAAGCUAGUGACUGUGACGUAGAAGCUAGUGACGGUGACAUUGAAGCUAGUUAUGACAUUGAUGGUGGUGCUUGUGACAUUGAUGUUAGUGAUGGUGACAUUGAAGCUAGUGAUGGUGACUUUGAAGCUACCGACGCUGACAUUGAAGCUAGUGACGUUGACAUUAAAGCUAGUGACGUUGACAUUAAAGCUAGUGAUGCUAGUGACUGUGACGUAGAACCUAGUGAUGGUGACAUUGAAGCUAGUGACUGUGACGUAGAAGCUAGUGAUGGUGACGUUGAAGCUAGUUACGGUGACAUUGAAGCUAGUGACUGUAACGUAGAAGCUAGUGACUGUGACGUAGAAGCUAGUGAUGGUGACAUUGAAGCUAGUGACUGUGACGUAGAAGCUAGUGACGGUGACAUUGAAGCUAGUUAUGACAUUGAUGGUGGUGCUUGUGACAUUGAUGCUAGUGAUGGUGACAUUGAAGAUAGUGACUGUGACGUAGAAGCUAGUGACGGUGACGUUGAAGCUAGUUACGGUGACAUUGAAGCUAGUGACUGUAACGUAGACGCUAGUGACUGUGACGUAGAAGCUAGUGAUGGUGACAUUGAAGCUAGUGACUGUGACGUAGAAGCUAGUGACGGUGACAUUGAAGCUAGUUAUGACAUUGAUGGUGGUGCUUGUGACAUUGAUGCUAGUGAUGGUGACAUUGAAGAUAGUGACGGUGACGUAGAAGCUAGUGACGGUGACAUUGAAGCUAGUGACGGUGACAUUGAAGCUAGUGACUGUAACGUAGACGCUAGUGACUGUGACGUAGAAGCUAGUGAUGGUGACAUUGAAGCUAGUGACUGUGACGUAGAAGCUAGUGACUGUGACGUAGAAGCUAGUGACGGUGACAUUGAAGCUAGUUAUGACAUUGAUGGUGGUGCUUGUGACAUUGAUGCUAGUGAUGGUGAUAUUGAAGUUAGUGAUGGUGACAUUGAAGCUAGUGAUGGUGACAUUGAAGAUAGUGAUGUUGACAUUGAAGAAAGUGAUGGUGACAUUGAAGCUAGUGACUGUGACAUUGAAGAUAGUGAUGCUAGUGAUGGUGACAUUAAAGCUACUGAUGGUAACAUUGAAGCUAGUGAUGGUGACAUUAGAGCUAAUGAUGGUGACAUUGAAGCUAGUGUUGGUGACAUUAAAGCCACUGAUGGUGACAUUGAAGCUAGUGAUGGUGACAUUAAAGCUACUGAUGGUAACAUUGAAGCUAGUGAUGGUGACAUUAGAGCUAAUGAUGGUGACAUUGAAGCUAGUGUUGGUGACAUUAAAGCCACUGAUGAUGGUGGCAGUGUUGGCAUAUUGUUGUCCUCGAUUUAUCAGCUGCGUUUGACACAACAGACCAUGAAAAACUAA